GUAAUACGCAUAUUUCCUGCUUAGCUAGCGUUAGCAAUCAUUUUUAUACUUUUUACUAACUAAUACAACUUCUGCUUGCUUAACCCGUCUGUGUCAAGAUUCCUUUAUUUAUUUAAAGUGAGUAUUUGAUUGGAGCAACAAAAAUUUGCACGUUUCUUAUUUCCUGAGCUAAAAAUACGCACGCUAUUUACAGCCGAUGCUACAUGCUAACAGCUGCUAAGAGUGGGGCUGUGGCAAGUUUGAGCUGAAGUGAAGGAAAAUGGCUGAAUCAGUUGCAAAGGUGGCUCGUAGGAUCAACGCUACAGCCGAGGAGGGAAAAGAUUAUUUGGAUCUGUCAAACUGCCACCUCAGCUCGUUCCCUGACGGUGUGUUCAUGGUCCUGAGCAACGUCAUCGGAAAUAUCAGAACUAUUUCUCUGGCCGAUAAUGAGAUGAAAGCAAUCAGCAGCAAAUUCUGCACAAUCUUUACACAGCUCAGAGAGUUGGAUCUUCGUGGAAACGUCCUGACCAAACUUCCUGAUGCUGUGGUCCAAAUGGAGAAUCUGAGCAGCUUGAAUCUGUCCAAAAACAACUUCAGCGAGUUCCCCGUGAAACUGACGGAGCUGAAGGCGCUGGAGCGAAUCGACCUGGAGGGGAACAACAUCACCGAAGUCCCGGUGGAGCAGUUAUUUUCGAUGCCUUCUCUCAAAUGGAUCAACCUGAAAUCAAACCCGUUAAGUGACCAGACCCUCGCCGCUCUUCAGACGCCGCACAGCUUUGAACUCAUCAUUUCUGAGUCUUAAAAACACAACAACGACAAAAGCUGGAAAAACUACAAAACAUGCAUGACUUGGUGUGCCUUUUCAAACCGUUACCGCUGCGUUUAUUUGCACCUAAAGCCUUUGAAUCGAGAGCAAAGAGAGAGAGAGAGACUACCUCAAAAUGUAGUAAAGGCGGAUUUUUGGAGGGACAAAUCUCAAAAUUAAAACUGUGACUUCAGAGGUGCGUUCGCUUGCUCGUUUCCAUGGAGAUGUUAUUGCUUUUGCCUCAAAUAUUUCACAGUGUGGCAUGAAGCUCAUCCAUCGCCAUGGAAACGAGCAAGCAAGGACAUGAAGGCCAAGUUACAGGUGAGAUCUGUGGAGAGGCGAAUCCACUCACAGUAAGAAUACAUGUUUUUCAAAGCACAUUUCGGCAUUAAAAUAGCUGUAACUGAAUGAAAACAAGACCUAUAUAUUUAAUGCCAUACUGUGGAACAUUCCAGACAAAGUAAAAGUAUCAUGAUGAGGCAGGCAGGUGGUGAACCCUGUGUUAAAAGUGUUACAUAGUGCACCUUCUAGGUCAAUGGACCAUUCUUUCUUUUGAAUUUCAAUUAAGAACGAAAAACAAUAAAAUGAGAAAACUAUUUAUUUAAUUUUUUCGUUUUCAGUGUCAAACAAAAAAACAGAUUUCGACCUGUAUUUCCAAUAUUUCAUUACUGUCGUAGACGCGAAAGCAGAGGUGGGGACUUGCAAGUCGUGACUUGGACUCAAGUCAGACUUGAGUCACUAUUUUUAGGACUUGAGACUUGACUUAAUAAAAUGGACUAAGACUUGGGACUCGACAUGGACUUGAAGUCUUGAGAAGCACUUUUAAAUCAGAAUUUGUUCUAUUCUGACAGUAAUGAUUCAUACUCUAUCUUGUCAAGACAUUUAAAAAGAAAAAAAAAACUCUUAUAUACUCUAUGCUCAUAUAUAAUUAUACUAUGAUUUUUUAAGUACAAUUUAGCUUAAAAUUCAUAUAAAUUGCAAAAAAUCUAAGCUUUUUAUUUAAAGACUUGAAAUGACUUGAAGCUCAAAGCACAUAACUUGGAUUUGACUUGGACUUAUGGGCCAGUGACUCGAGACUCGUCUGGGACUUGCCUGUAUUUGUUUUGGGACUUGACGCGGACUUGAGGUCAAAGACUUGACUUGCUUGAGACUUGCAAAACAACGACUUGGUCCCACCUCUGCGCGAAAGUAAACACAAAAGAAGAGGAAGUUUGUCCACAAAAUUGCAAUGAUUUUUCAGGUAAAUCCUUCUAGCAACAUAAAUUCUGGGGCAAAUAAACCAGACAGAAUAAAAUAUCAAAACGGAACUAAGCACAAUGAAAUAAACUUUAAAUUAAAUAUUGGAAAUAGAGGUCGAAAUCUGUUUUUUGUUUUUGUUUGACACUAAAUCGAAAAAAUUAAAUCACAAACUGUUUUCCCAUUUUAUUGUUUUCAUUCUUAAUUGAAAUAAAAAAAAAUAAAGAAUGGUACAUGGACUCUUCAAUUCUGAAUAUUUAAUUUUCUUUAUUUGAGUCAUGUAAAUUAAAGCCACAGUGUGCAACUUUUAGUCCAAAAAGUUGAAUAUUUUAAAUUUUUGUAGUUUUUUUAAUGGAAAAACAUGCGUCCUUACUCUGAGCGGGCUUGCAUCUACACAGACCUGACUCCGAUUUGGUCAGCUUUCCUGUUUCCAUGGAAAUGUUGUCAUAAUGCUUUGGCUGUAAUCUUCCACAGUAUUACCGGUACACAACGCUCAUCUGUCUCCGUGGAGAAUGUUCCGGAGUAUGGCUUUAACUAUCUAUGUCCAUGGAAACUUGCCACCGCCGAAAGUUACAUACUGUAUCUUUACAGUCUUCAAAUCGUAGCCGUAUCAUCACGUGAAACGCUCUCAACUGUUUUAUUUUAAGAUUUUAAUAUAAUUAAAUCCACUUUUAUCUAAACAGAACGGUUAAUUAACAGUGAAGUGCGAUGUGCAGUGUGAGGUUUUCUUUCCUGAGCUGAGGAUUAUGGGAAACGUUUGGGCAUACAAUUGUGUUUUUUAUAUCAUUUGAGAUAUUUAAAAUACUUUAUUUAUUAUACACUUUGAUACUGUAUGUUUUUAUCAUGGCAUAAAGCUGCUACAUGGAA